AUGGAAGCCACUGGUCAAACAGUUCAAUUAGUUCUGGUGUCAAAGAGAGAGAAAAUAGUCCGCCCUUUGCGAACAAUCGAAUUCCCCGCUGUCCCGGUCCCCAAGAGUAAUAUCCCGGGAAAUCCUCAAAACGAUAAUCAUGAAAUCAGUGGAGAUUCGGAAAGGAUCGUGGGUGAAAAAUCGAUUUUGGGCUUACUUCAUUCAUCCUGGAUAAACGGUCAAUUGAUUCGGAGUAAACGAAACGAACAGGUCGAAGAUGAAGCGGCUCCUACGAGGCACGCGAAACAUCGGAAACGACGUCGCUACAGAAAUCGAUCGACGUAUCUUCGGAAUAUUUCUGCGACCAGGCUGUCUCUUUUGUUGGACAACGACACAGUACCAAUAGAUCAAAAUUCCAAAGAAACCAAAGAUGAUCCCGAUAGAAACAGUAGGAUUCUAGAGGCCGAGGAAGAAUCACGGGACCGAUUGGGGAUGAACGACGGCGUGCAGGAUUCGUACAAUAAGACCAACGUGGAGAAUUACGAUGUAACCGACGAGGAGAAGAGCAAAAUCGAUUCAAAGGAAACGGAGGGAAAUAUCAGCUCCGUGAAUUACAGCGUUGACGAACGAUCCACUUCUACAGAAAUUGAGUUUGAAAAUGUUGACGAAUCAACCAGGAAGGAAAGUCGAUCCACAAAGCAUUCCUUCGAGAGCACAGAUUACUUUGACGAGUCGGAUCCUUCGGAUAUUUAUUCGGCCAUCGACGAUCGAGUUAUCUUCCACGAAAGCUUGAGUGUUCUAGUGAGCAAAUUAUUUCAAAGUCUGCGAAACGCUUCUACAACGGAUGGGCAAGAGAUAUUCAAGGAGCUGAAUUUUGUGAACGGAACGAACGAAGAUCCUUGUCAGAAGUGGCUAAACAGCAAGGACAAACUUGAGCAGGUUUUCUUAGGUGGUCUAACGUCAUUACCUGCCUGUCCGUGCCUGUACCCGAGCAAUAUCUUUUAUGACGACAAAAUUUGGGAUGAGAAGCGAAUGAAGUAUUUCAGGUGGAGAGACGUAAGUGGCAGUUCGCAAAGGCUUGACGUCUAUAAGCCUGGUGCCACUUACUGCGUGCGCUCGUUGCUGACACAAGGAAGCGGAAGCGCCGCAGCUCAACACUGUUGUUAUGACCAUCGAAGGAAACUCUUGACCCGUGGUUCCGGUGCUGGCACUCCGAAUUUUGUCAGUCCUGAGAUAUCACCUACACUGCACGAGAGAAUUGACGUGUUACCCUGGAGACUCUGCAAGGGUGAUUUUUCCAGAUACAAUGGUGUAAGGCCGCCAAACAACGAUAACGCCUGCGAGGCGAAUCCCGACGACGAGGAGUAUCAACGACAGAUCGACGAUACCAAAUAUUAUUAAUUACCACGCUUUGUGAGGAUAAAAAAUUUAUAAUUUUGCGACAAAAGUAUAUUUCGAGGAGUAUCAACGACAGAUCGACGAUAUCAAAUAUUAUUAAUUACCACGCUUUGCGAGGAUAAAAAAUUUAUAAUUUUGCGACGAAAGUAUAUUUCGAGGAGUAUCAACGACAGAUCGACGAUACCAAAUAUUAUUAAUUACUACGCUUUGUGAGGAUAAAAAAUUUAUAAUUUUGCGACGAAAGUAUAUUUCGAGGAGUAUCAACGACAGAUCGACGAUACCAAAUAUUAUUAAUUACCACGCUUUGUGAGGAUUAUAAUUUCGCAACGAAAGUAUAUUUCUAUUGAGUCACUAUUAUGUGUCUGAAGAACGUUUGUAUAGGGUUUGUAUAGAAAUAUAAGAAAUAAACACAUUGCUGUUAA